CUUGACGUGGCAUUACUCCUCGCAGCCAUGUUGUUUGCUACGUUGUGCUUGGCGCUUUUCACUGUCACUACAGUACGUAGCAGAGUCAACCAGUCUGAGGACAUCAGUCUGUAGGGUGGAAUGGCGACCUUCCCAGAGUUUAUCGCCCAGAAUGAGGAGCGUGAUGGGGUGCGUUUCAGCUGGAACGUCUGGCCCUCCAGUCGUCUGGAGGCCACCCGCAUGGUGGUCCCCGUGGCCUCUUUGUUCACCCCCCUGAAGGAGCGCCCAGACUUGCCCCCCAUCCAGUAUGAGCCUGUGCUGUGUAGCAGGGCGACCUGCCGCGCUGUCCUUAACCCGCUCUGCCAAGUGGAUUACGGAGCCAAACUGUGGGCUUGCAACUUCUGCUAUCAGAGAAAUCAGUUUCCGCCUACCUAUGCUGGGAUAUCAGAGGUGAACCAGCCAGCUGAGCUGCUGCCACAGUUCUCCACCAUUGAAUAUGUUGUCCAGAGAGGUCCCCAGAUGCCUCUGGUCUUCCUGUACGUGGUGGACACCUGCAUGGAGGAUGAAGACCUGCAGGCUCUGAAGGAGUCCUUACAGAUGUCCCUGUCGCUGCUGCCUCCUACAGCCCUGGUUGGCCUCAUCACCUUCGGACGCAUGAUCCAGGUCCACGAACUGGGCUGCGAUGGCAUCUCAAAGAGCUACGUCUUCAGGGGAACUAAAGACCUUAACGCCAAGCAGCUGCAGGAGAUGCUGGGCUUGACCAAACCCACUGCUGCACAGGCAGGACGGGGACCACAAGCUCCACAGCCCCCCCUCUCCAACAGAUUCCUCCAGCCUGUCCAGAAGAUUGACAUGAACCUGACAGACCUGCUUGGAGAGCUCCAGAGGGACCCCUGGCCUGUCACUCAGGGAAAAAGGCCCCUCCGCUCGUUAGGGUCGGCCAUGUCCAUCGCUGUUGGCUUGCUGGAGUGCACCUUCCCGAACACUGGGGCACGCAUCAUGACCUUCAUCGGUGGACCAGCCACUCAGGGUCCAGGCAUGGUGGUAGGAGAUGAGCUAAAGACCCCUAUUCGCUCCUGGCACGACAUUGAGAAGGACAACGCCAAGUUCAUGAAAAAGGGGACCAAACAUUACGAGGCAUUGGCGAGCCGUGCCUCCAUCAACGGCCACAUCAUAGACAUCUAUGCCUGUGCUCUGGACCAGACCGGACUGCUGGAGAUGAAGUGUUGUUCCAAUCACACCGGAGGCUACAUGGUGAUGGCAGACUCUUUCAACACCUCACUAUUCAAACAAACCUUCCAGAGGGUCUUUACCAAAGAUGUGGCUGGAGCCUUCAAGAUGGCCUUCGCUGGCACUCUGGAGAUAAAGACGUCUCGAGAGAUCAAGAUUUCAGGAGCCAUCGGGCCAUGUGUGUCAUUAAAUGCCAAAGGGCCGUGUGUGUCUGAAAAUGAAAUUGGAACAGGGGGCACAUCUCAAUGGAAGAUAUGUGGUCUUGACCAUAACACCACUCUGGCAGUGUACUUUGAGGUGGUCAAUCAGCAUAAUGCACCUAUACCCCAGGGGGGCCGAGGCGCGGUCCAGUACGUCACCCAGUACCAACACUCCAGUGGACAGAAACGCAUCCGAGUCACCACCACGGCCAGAAACUGGGCAGAUGCAGGGACCCAGAUCCAGAGCAUUGCAGCAUCAUUUGACCAGGAGGCCGCAGCCAUCCUGAUGGCCAGACUGGCUGUGUAUCGCGCUGAGACGGAGGAGGGUCCCGACGUGCUACGCUGGCUGGAUAGACAGCUCAUCCGACUGUGUCAGAAGUUUGGAGAUUAUCAUAAGGAUGAUCCCAACUCCUUCCGCUUCUCAGAAACCUUUUCUCUCUAUCCCCAGUUUAUGUUCCAUCUGAGAAGGUCUCCCUUUCUGCAAGUGUUCAACAACAGUCCAGAUGAGAGCUCGUACUACAGACACCAGUUCAUGCGUCAGGACCUGACCCAGUCUCUCAUCAUGAUACAACCCAUUCUCUAUGCCUACUCCUUCAACGGGCCCCCAGAGCCUGUGUUGCUGGACAGUAGCAGUAUCCUUCCUGAUCGCAUCCUUCUCAUGGACACCUUCUUCCAGAUCCUCAUCUACCAUGGCGAGACUGUGUCUCAGUGGCGUAAGGCAGGCUACCAGGAGAUGCCCGAGUACGAGAACUUCCGCCACCUGCUGCAGGCUCCAGCGGACGACGCCCAGGAGAUCCUGCACAGCCGCUUCCCUAUGCCACGCUACAUAGACACAGAGUUUGGCGGAUCACAGGCUCGUUUCCUGCUAUCUAAAGUUAACCCAUCACAAACCCACAACAACAUGUAUGCAUGGGGCCAGGAGUCAGGAGCCCCAAUCCUGACAGAUGACGUCAGUCUACAGGUAUUCAUGGACCACCUGAAGAAGCUGGCUGUGUCCAGCGCUGCCUGAGACUGAGACAGAUCCCAUAGUAACCACUGAACGUCAGCAUCACAGACCAUGGUUCCACCUCAUCAUCUACUCAACAGCAGACCUGGGUGCAGAUUGUAUUUGUUUUCUUUCAAGUACUUAAUCUGUGCUUGAUUGAGCUUGUCUGGCGCAAUAAAGCCAAUGGAAUAGACCCAAAAGCAAACCCCUCCCAUCUGGCACUCAAGACCGGCUCAAACACUUAAAGUAUUUGGAAGAAAACAAAUACUAUAUGAACCCAGGAUUGCUCAACAGCAGUCAACUCAUACUAUACUUGGGAAAGUCAACAACCAGAAGAGGAUAUGUCUUCCUCUUUCUCCUUUUUAAUAUUGAAAAUGGCUAUGUACAGGAAAGUGACGCAAUACAGAAAAUGAUCUGCAGGACAGCCUUUUUAUGUGACUAGUCGGUGGUCAAUGAUUGUAAAAAGAACAAACAAAAGAAAACAUCAGUUGGUGACUACUAGCUUAAAUGUUUGGUCCCGGAUCAGUAUAUGAAUCGUAAGAUGAGUCUGAUAUUUAUGUAGAUGUACUUUCCCCUCAGAACACUAAUUCACCCAACAUCCAGUUGGAGACAUUUUAUUGGAUGUUUUAUUUUGAUGCUUCAAUGGCAAUACAUCUAGUUUAUCUAGAACAAUACAGCAUCCAGACUUACUUUAUAUUACAUUUUCCGUCUGUGUUUCUAUAAAAAAAAUAUAUAUCAAACAGAGAAAUGUAUAAUACUAUCGUCCAGUCAAUCAGAGCUGUCAUAGCUGCAGGCUUACAGAAAGAGAAAAGGUGGGUGUUGUAUCGUCAGUUGGUAAAGCUUGGGGAAUCCAAUACAACUUAAUUGAAUAUGUUUUCUGUUCUCCCUGCGUACGCCACAGAAUAAUAGGUUAUUUUCAGACCUUUAGUGUGUGCUAUCUAAUUAAUGUUCGUCAUUCAUAUCAAACACUCAUUGUGGUACAAAACCCUGCCUAGUACAGAUGUUGGAUCGUAAUUUGAUCACCUUGUUGUGGAAUAACUUUCCUGCAAUGCAUUAUAUUUAACAGUUGUAGUGUAUUUUAGGUUUAAAAAGGAUUCGGAAGUUUGUAAUGUCAGACUUUUCCUUUACAAAAAAAUGUAACAACCCUGAGAAAAAUGGCCAUUAAUUAUAAUCCACAUAAUUUACAUUUUCUAUUUCUGCAAGAUUAUUUUCCUGCUGUAGCAAACUGGUUCAAGUGAAGAUCCUACAUCUGUACUAUACAGACAGUGGUACUAACAUGCUCCACUCCACGAUACAGACAGAUUUGCAGAGUAUUAAACCUGCCCUUGCUAUUCUCCGGAUCUCAUAUCAUAUCUGCCUUGUUACUAACAGUGUUAAUUUAGACUUUUCUAAUAAAAUACCUCACUGUAAAAAUAAUUUUGGUUGACUAUUAACACUUUCUAUUUGAUUUAGUUUGAGUGAUGCUGUUUUCAACUAGAUGUUUUAUCAGAUUUUAUGAACUUUUACAGCUAACUUUCAAAAUAAAGUAAACUAGGGCUGUCCCCGACUAAAAUAAAUAUUGGUCAACCAAGA